AAAAAAAAAAAAAAAAAAAAAAUGGAUUUCUCAGAACAAUACGCCAAUGUGUUCGGCGAACAGUUCGAACAGGACGACCAGAGAGAGAAAGAGGAAGAAGACAGCCACGAUUCUUCUUCUUCAUCUUCGUCGUCGUCGGCUACUACAGCUUCAAGCCGUUAUCUGGUGCCCGUAUUACCUCCAAUACGAAAUUCUAACAAUCAUACUAGAGGAACUUUUGGACGUGGACGUUGGCAAUCUGGACACCAAAAUGAUAGGGGGCAUGGUAUCCUGCCACGACCUGGGUCUUAUCAUCAUAGACAGAACUAUGGUUUCAGAUCUAGGUUUUCCAAUGGACGUCAAGACGAACGUUUUGUUUCUGAGUUGAAGCUCUCAAAGAGUGAAGAAACUCUAUCUAGGAAAUGCAUUGCAUUUCAGGAGCCUUGUGAAAUUGCGUGCUACAGUCGUGUAGAAGGUGGAGAUGUUUACUUUGAUGACCGUAGUUUGAGGCUUUUUAAACGUCUUAUUACUGAAGAUGUUGGAGCUGAUUUGAAUGAAGGAUUUGAGUCUUUUGUUGAGAAAAAAGAAAUCAGCUGUCAUGGGUUUGGUGAUCUUCUCAGUUGCAUAAGAGACAAAAAUAUACCACUUCAAAAUAUACAUUUUGUGACUUUCAGAAAUAAUCUUAACAAGAUAUUGGCUACUGCCUAUAUUAGACAUGAACCAUGGGAGAUGGGGGUUCAUAAGAGAAAUGGGGUUGUCUAUCUUGAUGUGCAUAAUCUUCCAGAAAGGCCACGAAAUGAGCUAGAUCGUCGGAGAUGCUACUGGGGCUACUGCUUUGAAAGCCUUGCCACUGAAGAUUCAAGAGGACCUGACGGGGAUGGGAUUCAUCAUUUAGAUGCAAAUGUUGAGUUCUGUUCUGUGAUUAAAACAAAGUUAGGGGCCCAUCGUAUCAUUAUGGGUGCCGAAAUGGACUGCUGUGAUUCUACUGAUGAAGGAAGAAGGUUUUAUAUUGAGCUGAAGACAAGUCGUGAGUUGGAUUAUCAUACUGAGGGGAGAUAUGAAAGAGAGAAACUGCUGAAGUUUUGGAUACAAUCAUUCUUGGCAGGUGUUCCUUACAUUGUUAUCGGAUUCAGGGAUGAUUCAGGCCGUCUUGUCCGCACAGAGAGACUACGAACCAAAGAUAUUACACUGAAUAAAAUGAAGGGCUACUGGCAGGGAGGAGUUUGCCUGGCAUUUACUGACGAGGUGUUAUGCUGGCUCUAUGGGACAGUUAAAGAGAAUGAAGACUACAUCUUACAGUUUGCCCCACCUUUCAACCGUUUGGAGCUUCUUCAAGCCCAGUCUUGCCCGGAUGUAAUUACUAGCCAUAUAGAGCAGUUAUAAGCAUAAGGAGGCAAAUUUGGUAUACUUGUAUACAUGGGCGGAGAAGGAGAUAAAUUUAAAUCAUUUGCAAGCUGUAAUUCUUUUUUUACUAUGCACGGUGCGUGCUCAAGUCAGUGGUUAUCUGCUUCUAGUAGACCAGCAGCUCUCCAACAAAGGAGUUGAUUAGACUAUUAAAGCAUGAGAUGAGCGGGGAAACCAGCCCAACAAAGGAGUUGAUUAAACUAUUAAAGCAUGAGAUGAUCGGGAAAACCAGCCCGGAUAUGCUGAAAGCAAAAAGCGUGCGAACACACUGAGAGUAUAUCAUACUUGGAACGUUAAAUUCAUUGCGACAUGUUCCCAAUGUGCUCCUGGAUGCUGUGCUAUUAGCAUGCAAGCAUGAUUUUUGAUAAA